CUCUCUCUCUCUCUCUCUCUUUCAGUCAUGAAGUGCAUUUUGCAGCGGGUCACCGCCGCCAGCGUCACCGUCGAUGGUGCCAUCGUCGGGGCCAUCAAGGAGGGCGUCAUGGUUCUGAUCGGCCUGCACCACGAGGACAAGGACGCCGACCUGGACUACAUCGUCUCGAAGAUCCUCACCACGCGCGUGUUCGACGGCGAGGCCACCGACACCGCGCCAGGCAAGCCCUGGGCCCGGAGCGUCACCGACGCCGGGUAUGGUGUCCUUUCCGUCUCCCAGUUCACCCUGAACUGCCGGAUGAAGGGCACCCGGCCGGACUUCCACCAUGCCAUGUCCACCGACAAGGCUCGCGAGACGUACGACCUCUUCCUGGAGAAGCUACGCAAGGCCUAUCCUGGGGGUCAUAUUGCCAACGGCAUUUUCGGGGCCAACAUGAGCGUCAACAUCGUCAAUGAUGGCCCGGUGACGAUCACCUUCGACUCGCGCAACCGCAAGGCCGCCGAGCUGGACAAGCCCCUCAGUGGUCAGUAGAAAUGCCCCUGGCAUUCGCCACUCUUUGGAGGGGGCGCGGACGCGCAUGCACACGCGAGGGCGAUAUACUGCUGCUGUUGCUGCUGCUGC